AUGGCGGCCAAUUCUCCUUACUCUGCGCAAGCGACAAGCGCAAUGCCUCCUCCAGCCCAUCCUGCCUCAAUUCCUUCCAGGAUGCAAAUCAACAGUCUGAUGUCGCCUCCAGACCAAGCACACGAUAGCUUCUACUACCACACCGGAAAGGUCGACUCCUCCUUCUCCUCCAGCAAGAACGCUUCAGGACAGACUCCAAUGUCUCCUCCAAUCUCGCCUUGCAACAGACCUAUGGCCACUACCGAGACACCAACAAACUCAACGGGUCGUGAUAUCGUUCUCUACCCAGAUGAUGCGUCUUCCAGUCCAGCCCAGACUCCUCUGUUUCCCCCAACCCUCGAGGGUCGUGACCAUAGUCGAACGAUUGAGGAACAUAUACAAAAGAAUAUCAACGACAAGAUUUUUGUUGAGGUGCCACCACCGACACGCAACGACUAUGAGCUUGUGGCUUCGUUUCAGUCGCAACUCAACAUAACUUACGCACAAAACCCAAAGGCAUGGAUGCUGUCAGUGACUAAGCAGGCUCGUGACGACAAUCAUCGCAUAGCUCAAGCCAAAGCACGCGCUCGUCCCUUGGCAGCCAAAGCUCCCCCCAAGAUAUCUCGGCCUCGCACCGACAAUAAUCGGGUUGCGAAACCUCCCGGGACCGGGCGGACUAUUCGCGUUCAACCUACCAACAGCCCUAGACGACCAACUCCUCAGUUCAGUGCCAAUGACAUCAACAUUACUGAGCCGAAACCUCGGGCUCAAGGUCCAGACAAAGAUUUUGCAUCACUGCAGGACUUCUGUCCACCACCGAGCGUGGUUCCCGCGCAAAAGAACUGGUGGAAGGUUGAUUGGAAAGGGAACCCACUCGACAACAGCAACGACCCUCAUCGACAUCUUCUUUCCCCUGAAGAAAUAAUGCUGGCAAGCCUCCUGCGCCUUGACUGUGCGACAUACCUGACCAGCAAGAGACGCAUUUUCAUAGGCAGGCUCAAAAACUUUAGGAAAGGGAAAGGCUUCCGCAAGACCGAUGCCCAACAGGCUUGCAAGAUUGAUGUCAAUAAGGCCUCCAAGAUGUGGACUGCCUUUGACCAUGCCAAAUGGUUUAGGGAGUCACUCCUGGAGCCAUUUGAGGAUGCUAUCGUGGAUUAG